GCCUGCUGAUGGUUGCUGAGAUGGAUGGGUUUGGCUGGUAGGCUGUCUGUGUGGUUCUGUUAGCCCAGUUACUGAGGGAGGGAGAGAGUAGGAGGAAGGAUGGAUUUCAACGUGAAGAAACUGGCCUCCGAUGCAGGAGUUUUCUUCACUCGGGCUGUCCAGUUCACAGAGGAGAAGCUCGGACAGGCGGAGAAAACCGAACUGGAUGCGCACUUUGAGAACCUCCUGAGCCGUGCUGACAGCACCAAAAACUGGACAGAGAAGAUCCUACGUCAGACCGAAGUCUUGCUUCAACCCAACCCAAGUGCUCGGAUUGAAGAAUUCCUUUACGAAAAGCUUGAUCGCAAAAUUCCCUCACGAAUCACAAAUGGCGAGCUGUUAGGCCAGUACAUGAUUGAUGCUGCCAGUGAAUUUGGACCUGGGACCCCUUAUGGUAGCACCCUGAUCAAGGUUGGUGAGGCUCAGAGACGCCUGGGAGCUGCUGAUCGAGAUUUCAUCCAGUCGUCCAUGAUUAACUUCCUGACACCUCUCCGUAACUUCCUGGAAGGAGAUUGGAAGACCAUCUCGAAGGAGAGAAGACUCUUGGAGAACAGACGGCUGGACUUGGAUGCCUGCAAGGCCCGAUUAAAGAAAGCAAAGGCGGCCGAGGCAAAGGCAGCAGCGACACCUGAUUUUCAGGAGACUAGGCCUCGUAAUUAUGUACUGUCGGCCAGUGCAUCUGCGCUUUGGAGUGAGGAGGUGACAAAAGCAGAACAAGAGUUACGAUUGGCUCAGACAGAGUUUGACCGGCAAGCAGAGGUUACCAGGUUACUGCUGGAGGGGAUCAGUAGCACUCACACUAACCACCUCCGCUGCCUGCAUGAGUUUGUGGAGGCACAGAGCACGUAUUACGCACAGUGUUACCAGUAUACCUUGGAUCUGCAGAAACUAUUGGGCAGCUCCAAUAGAGAAAUGUACCCCAGUGCAUUUGUGGGCAACACGGACUCACCAGCUCCACCCAGUGGCAUUUCCCCGUCUGCUGCUACCAUCCCAGUCGUUCCAUCGUUAACGGGGCCAGGCACCCCCACGCCAUCCUCGGUGGGGUUCACUGAAGUUAGCCCCCCUUCCAGCGGGACGAGAAAGGCUCGCGUUCUCUACGAUUACGAUGCAGCAGACUCUAGUGAGCUUGAGCUCUUUGCCGAUGAGCUGAUCACGGUGUACAGUCUGCCAGGAAUGGAUUCUGAUUGGCUGAUGGGAGAAAAAGGCAACAAGAAAGGAAAAGUUCCAGUCACCUACCUGGAGCUGCUGAACUAAAGAUCCAUCGCAGAACUUACACAGAAGGGUUGACACUUGCAAAAAGACCACAUUAGCAUUACCAAUUGUGUUCCGUUCAUUCCUAAUGUCAUGUCAAACAUUAUUUAAGAUUUUUUUUUGGCAACUUUGGUUGCACCAGAAAGCUUAAAAAAAUGUGCAGAGGUUUAUGAUGUUACUUUUAUAUAGUUUUGUUGAAAUUUAAAACAUGACUGAUUAUGUAUGUUAAAGUGUUUGGUUGCGAUGAAACCAUUUGAACCAUGUGCUUAGAAAAGCCUGAUAUAAUUUCAAAUGGAAUGGGUGAGUUCCCUGGAAACAGGCACAGAGCCUAGUUGAAAUACAGUUUGAGGAAGGCUUUUAGUAAUUUGUACACUGAACACUCCUUAAAACAGGUUAAACCAGCCUGCAGGAUUCCAUUAUUGUAACCGGUAACGUAAUGUGACAGCUCAUUUCACCAAUGAAACUUCAGUUUGGUUAGAAAUAUGGACUGGGUACAAGAAGGGGAAAGGCAGGUGUUGGGACAUCUCUAUUGACGGAGUUAAGGGUACGAGGCAUUCCUGCAUGCGCAUCUGGAAUUUUUUUUUGUGCGUGUGUUUGAGUGUAGAAGGUGGAAUUGUAACUCCUGUGGGAUGAAACCCUCAUUGAAACCCAAGGGCUUAAGUUGUUUUGAAUUCUUGUUAGUGCACACUGUUGUAUAUCGAUACUGAUGUGACAGGGCUUGUGCUUAUAGGAGAUGGAGAAGCAGAAAUUUGUGUGUUUGACCGUUGAGGAGGACAGGCAGUGGGCAGUGGUGACGGGGCACAAUUCUGCCAUUGUCCAAACCCUGUUGUCAUUGGCUAAACAUAUUUCAGUCACUCUCCUCCUGGCUACAAGAAUUUUCAGGGGUUAAUUGUAUUUUUUUAAAAGAAAUCCAUGGUUACCAAAUCCAGAAUGGGCUAAAAGUCAAUUUUACACUCUAAUUCUCUUUUGUAACUUUAUUUUUGAGGUAGCUGUUUGUCACUAAAGGUGGUUUUCAUUGUGCAAGUUAACGGAAUUGAACAUUUUUUAGGAAGGACGCUAGAAAUCGAUUGCUGUUGUUAUCUUCCUGCUUGUUCAGUACAGCUGUUCACUAUCCCUGUGUAAAUGUACAGUGCAAGGUCCUGGUCCUGUGUUCAUUCCCUGGAUUGUGUUGUCUGCAUCAACCUGUAUCAACUCCCUCAAUUCAAUUUGGGUGUAUUUACUGCCUGUCCUGCUGUUCUAUGCAUAGUGAAUGAUCUUUGAAGAAUAAUAAAGUAUUCCUGUCCCA